UUCACUGUUCCCUCCCUCCCUCCUCCUUUAGUUUCUUCGUUAGGGUAGGGGGAGUGUUGCUCUGUUAGUUCAUGUUCUGAAGCCUCUCUCCAUAACAAACAGUUAUUUAUGCUGCUGAAGAUGGAGGGAUACAGAAGUUUUUUGUUUUUUCUUGUGUCCUCGCUGUUGUUUGGUUUUUUGGGAGUUAUUUUUGUCCUGGUCUGGGUUUUGCACUGGAGAGAAGGCCUCGCCUGGAAUGGAGGGGCUGCUGAGUUUAACUGGCACCCUGUCUUAGUAAUUACAGGAUUCGUGUUUAUUGAAGGAAUUGGUAGGUCUGCAUGUUAAGAGAUAUUGCAUGGGUUAAACGAGUAGCUGCACUCUGGAUAGAAUACAGGAAUAUUUACUGAAGGACGAAUUCUAAGUGAAUUCACUCAGAAUCUCAAAUUUAAGGUGCUUUAAUUUCGGAAACAUCAUACAUUGGACUUAAAUUUCAAUUAACAUGUAAUACAGGCGUGCCCAAAAGCAAUAUUCCCCAGAUGCUGGAUGUUAGAUUGGCAAAUCAUGAUGGAAGUUGCAGUUUUUGUUAAAACAUCCGGGAACAUAGUUUGGUUUUGUUUUUACCUGUAAUGCAAUACACGUCGCACUGCUCAGUGGGGGAAAAAAACACAUUGUGGGACCCAGUCCGUUUAUAUUUUUUUAAUAACCUACAACUGUAUAUAAUAUUUAUUAUGAACUCUUCAAACAACAUGCGCUUUGUUACUGUAUGCAUGAUUUUCAGUAAAUGUUAUUUUUUUUAAAAACUUUUUAAUUUUUUUUAUUCUCGUGAUAAGGUUGGUCAAAUUCGGACAAACCUCUAAUGCAUGGAUAGGCAACUUUCGGCACUCCAGAUGUUGCGGACUACAUCCCCCAUAAUGCUCUUACACCCAUAAUGCUGACAAAGCAUCAUGGAAGGUGUUGUCCAAAACAUCUGGAGUGCCGAAGGUUACCUAUGCCUGCUCUAAUGCAAUGUGUCUGCUGAGCCUGUACAUUUAACACUUUAAGUGCCUGGGGGUUUAUCUCUGCCAGACUUUCUGUUUGUCUAGUGACUAAAACUACCUAUGAAGUCAAUCCCCACAAAAGUGCUUGGCUACACUAAUUACCUAUAGUAAAACUAAUCAUCUAUAGUAGUCACUUAAUUUUUUAAAAAGUCUCAAUCUGUAGGAGUUUUUUCACUAUACUAAAAAUUGCUGUAGAUUUACAUUUUAAUACAUUUAAUAGUAAAAAUAGUUUUUUAUAUAAAACCCGAACAAGAGAAACAGGAAAUGGGUUUGAAAGUAAAGUUAAGCGUUGUUAUAUUUUUAGAGAGUUGUUACAACAUUGCUAAAUUACUCAAUAGGGCCUCUACCACAGGACCCAAUAAACCCUCUUCUGACAGGAUGUGCAAGCACAGAAGGUAUUUGGAAUCUUUGGAAACGGCUAGAGUAGAUGCAUUUAUUACAACACACAUGAUCUCAAGCUUGCAAAUGGGUCAGUUUACUAAAUUGCAAGUUGGUCUGAGAUGACUAUUGACAAAUAUUAUUUAGAUUUUUUUUUUUAAAUGGUGGGGGGGGGGGCGGGAGUUGGGGGUAAAAUAUAUCUACAGUCUUGUGGAGUUAGAGAUGCUGAACCAAACUUUAUGGUGGUUGAGCAUUAUGUAAAAUGUAGUUAAGAUAUGUUAGCAGGUGCCUUAUCUAGGUGGUUACAGCACCAGGUGUUUCAGCCCAUGAGUAAAUUUUGAUGGCUCAUCUCACAUAUAGUGACUUUCUCCCCUCAUAAAACCAACUUUAUAAAGUGCCCAAAGUCCUACACUGGAGCCUAAUGUGUUCUAUAUAUCACACUGUGACACCAAAUCUGUGAUUGAAUUCAGAGUUUUCCAUGAAUACAUAUAUAUAUUAUUUAUUUUUAAUUUAUUUUUAAAAAUUCUUUAUUUUCAUUGUGCAAAUAGUAAAAUACAGGCUUCUUAUGCCACAACGACAUUGACAAGCAUAUUGUAAACAUACGUUUAGGUACAGUGUCAUAGCAUACAAGAGAAUUGCACUUCUAAAAAUUAUUUUAAACGGGCGGAACUAUAGGUCUAAUGCACAGUUUUCUGAAUAUGAAAAAAACAUGAUAGGUAACUUAACGUAAGUGAGCAACUCUUAAGGUAGAGGGACGUAUUUGCUAUAAGGGUUAAUUCCACCAGGUAAUCAACACGAGUUGUAGGUAAGUAAAGAGAUGUAAUCCAAUGCCACAGGCAUGCACCAUAAUUCCUCACCCUCCAAAGCCCAGACCAGCUGGGGAACCGGUGCCGCAUAUCCAAUGACCCUCCGCCUUCCCUCAACAGGGUCGCUGGCCUGGGUGCGCUCAGAGGUUCAGAGAACUCGCCACAUAUUAGGACGGCAUCUUGGGAGUACCUCCACGUGGGUUCCAAGCCCAGAUUGGGUUUGGCGUUUCAAAGCAGUAGUCGAGGGCAUGGACACAGCUGACAGAGCUGUUGUGUGAGAUCGGCUUUGAAUAGCUCUCCUGGAGUCGUGAAAGCUGUGGCACAGCGGCUAUCUUGGGUGCGUUGUGUGGUUGUUGGUGCAGCUGGAGAUCUCUCUGUUGCAGCAAAGUAAGUUUCCCCAGCGAAAACUUAGUCUCCGCUAAGUUUCACAGAGGCUGAGACCACCUUAUUCCUGGAGGAAAGGGGCUGUAGAUGGGGGGCAAAAGGGCUCUAGGAGGGGGUCAGGGGCUGUGGUGGGGGAUAGGGGAUGUACAAAGGGGUACAAGGUCUGUGAAGGGGGGGAAUCAGGGGCUAUAGAGGCCCACCUCUACAGACCAAAUGGCUGUAGAGGUGGAGACACAGGAGCUGUAGAGGUGGGGACACAGGAGCUGUAGAGGGGGACACAGGGGCAAUAGAAGGGGGGCAAGGGGCUGUAGAGGGGAACAUGGGGGCUGUGGUGAGGGGCACAGGGGCUGUAAAGAGGGGUACAGUGGCUGUAGAAGGGUUGGGCAGGGGCUGUAGAAGGGCAAGCACAGGGGCUGUAAAGGGGGAUAGGAGCUGUAAAGGGGGUUAGGGGCUAUAGAGAGGGUAACAGGUACUACAAAAUGGUUGAUAGGAGUGUAAAAGGGGAGGCAGGAACUGUAGAGUGGGGGCAUGGACUGUAGAGUGGGGCAGGGGCUGAGAGGGCAGGGCAGGGACUGCAGAAAGGGGGACGGUGCUGUAGAGAAGGGUUGGUAGGGGCGUAAAAGGGGAGACGGGAACUGUACAGUGGGGGUAUGGGCUGUAGAGUAGGGGAUAUGGGCUGUAGAGGGGGCACAGGGGAUAUAGAAGGAGUUGGCAGGGGCUGUAAAGGGAGCACAGGGGCUAAAGAAGGAAUGGGCAGGGGCUGAAAAAGGGGGCACAGGGGCUAUAGAAGGGGUGGGCAGGGUCUGUAAAAGGGGGCACAGGGGCUAUAGAAGGGGUGGGCAGGGUCUGUAGAAGGAAGGGGACAUGGGCUGUAAAGGGGCUGAUAACUAACAACAUAUCAUCACGUAUCCCUAAUUGGUGAUUAAAACUGUGAGUAGGACUACAUUAGACUUUUUAUACUGGUAUUAUCUAUCUCUGGGAUAUAUUGCACUAUUAGUUUUUCCUUUUGUUUUUACAUACGGAUGAAUACCUGGACAUAUUUCUGGCAAGUUUCAUUGGAACUUUUAUUGGAUUUCUUAUUAGUUUUUAUAUUGGAUUUUUAUAUAUAUACUUGAAACUAUACUUUUUGUAAUCUGUUUUUGGGCCACCUUAUCUCCUUCUUUGUUUAGUUUUUACUUACAUGUGGGGCUUAGAAGGAGCCCUUCCUUUUUAGGUGUGCUGCCUCAUUUACAUAUAUUCUACAUUUUGUGUUUUAGAGCGCUGAUCCAUUUCCGUUUAGUUGCUAUUUCUUAUACACCAGGUACUGAAAAGCCCUGGGUUUAAUUUGUACACCAUUUUCAGAACCUCACUCAGGAGGUCCGCACCCCACUCCCCUCCCCCCCCCCACAACACCCCUGUAUGUUGGUGAUGUCACCUUUAGCUAUCAGUGCCAUAAAUUAUAAGAAUAAGGUCAUCAAAUGUUUCAGAUUAGCCAGGACUGUCCUUUAAGUGCAGUUUAAAUGUUUAUUCCCUAAGUGGACUAUGCUGAAAUGAAAACCGAAAUUCCACAAUUUAAUGCAAACUUGUGAUUCUAGUGAAAUUUCAGAAUAAUUUUUUUUAAAUCAGCACAUUCUGCUUAAACUUUUCCUUGAUUUUUAGUUUGCAGUAGUUUCGGAUUUAAUGAAUACUGUGUUUCAGAUUGCUUUCAAAAAUUGCAGAAACUAAAUUUAGUUUUGUUUUGCCCACGAAAUUGUACCAAAACCACAGAAAGAAGAUAAGGUGACCGUGAUGGAUACUUUUUAAAAGAUUGAUAAACUCUACUGUUGUUAUCAAAGGGCCACCAUAUGCACAAUGCUAUACAAUGGACAAACACUGCAUACGUAUAAAUGGGGGUGACAUUACUUGGUUAGAAGAAGCCUUGCCACUGAAUGAGAAAAAACGAAGGAAUACAUCUCCAUAUUUCAAAUUGCCUAGUGGUAGCCAUAUCUGUAAAAAGGCAUUUAAAACCAGAACAAAUGAUUUGGUUUGCUAAAACAGAUUUAAAAACUCAGGUGUUUGGGGACACAUCGUUGAUAAUGUUAUUGCUAUGGAGCUCCAACAGACAGUAGUAGAGAGAUAGGACAGGAAGAUUUCAUUCUCAGGAGUGAUGCUCCUAAACAGAGACAAUUGGUAGGUAUGCCAAAUGGAAUAGUUAUUGUUUAUUUAUUUCCUGGAAAUUGGUGAGGAAGUUAGCAAUCAGAUAAGAAGUAAUACAAGGUAGAUCUUAAAUACGAAAAACUUACUGGAACUGAAUACCGUUAAUGGGAAAUUAGCCAAGAAAACAAAUUUUGGUCCUGUAACAAAAAAUAAACAAAUUAUUAACAUCACCUUCCAAAACGUAUAUAACAUGGAGUGUGUUUAAUUCCACACCUAAUGCCCUCUUGUGGAAGGAUUGUACAUAUUGCUAGAUGACUUUUUUGUGGUUCUGAUUCAAAAAAUAAAUAAAUUCUGAAAUCCCAUGAUUGCAUGAAUCUGCAUGAGCCAGUCCCCUGUUACUUCAUAGAGUGUCUGCCAUCAUAAUUUCAUAUGGGUCAGUUCACAAUCAAAUAAAACCCAUAGACAAACUGUAUAUUGAUUUACAUAGAUCCUAUUUGCAUAUAAGUAAACGGUUCUUAAAAGUUAAGUUAAAAACUGCAGAAACUCUGGUCUAUUUGAAUCUGUACACACUUAAUGUUUUUAGAGAGUUUAUGUCUAUAAAAACACUAGGUGUGUAAUUUAAAACAGCACAUUCUUUCUUAAAGGAACACUCCAUUGAAAAUAUCCCAAAUUAUAAAUAUAUUUUUCUAAUGUAUGGAUCCAAUAACCCAUUAAGUAGUAUGCAAACAAGUUAAGAUAAAAAAAAAAAAAAAAAAACCUUAAUAGUUAGUUAUCACAAUUCAAACAGUUGAAAUUGGAUAGGCUUGCUUUUCCGGCUUUGCAAAACUUAUUAACCCCUUAAGGACACAUGACGGAAAUAUUCCAUCGUGUUUCCCUUUUAAUUCCGAAGUUGUAUCCUUAAGGGGUUAAGUAAUGCUAACCUGGCUUAUAUAGAGUCAUUUCUCCCAUUGUGUGUAUAUAAUUGUACUGUUAUUAUGUCUUGUAUUGCAUCCGUAUUGUACUGUGAUUUAUUUUUUUAUAUAUAUAUAUAAAUACCGUUGCGUAACAUGAGUUGUUUUUUUUGUGUCGUUUUUCCAGCUAUUAUAGUGUACAGGUUGCCAUGGACUUGGAAAUGUAGCAAGCUGUUAAUGAAAUAUAUACACGCCGGCCUUCAUCUCGUAGCCAUUGUUCUUGUGAUCGUGGCUUUAGUUGCUGUGUUUGAUUUUCACAAUUCUUUCAAAAUCCCCAACAUGUACAGCUUGCACAGCUGGGUUGGCUUGACGGUUGUCAUCCUUUUUUCUUUACAGGUCAGUAUCUCCAAAUUAUAAAUUUGUCACUGAUGUAAAUUGGCUUUAGAAUUUCACCAGCGGAGUUAGAUCAAGGCACAGUUCACCUGUCACUAAAUAAAACCGUAAAAUAAAAAAUAAUGUUAUAGAACAUAGAAUAGAAUGUAAAAAUUGUCACUUAUUGCCAGUGGCGUACACAUGACCCAUGGGGCCCCGGUGCGAAAAUUGAUCCAUGGGCCCCCCUCCCCACCACGCUUACUCUGCGCGGGCCUGGGCCGCAACCCAUGGUGACAGGCACCUGGUCGCAGGGGUUGCAGGGCUGCGAUCCCUGCGACCGCGGUAUGUACGCCAGUGCAUGCAGAUGCACACAGACUUAAAGAACCACUACAGACACCCAGAUCACAUCAGCUCAAUGAAGUGGUCUGGGUGUCAGGUCCCUCUAGUUUUAACCCUGCAGCUGAAAACAUAGUUUCAGAGAAACGGCUAUGUUUCACUGAGAGUUAAUCCAGCCUCUAGUAGCUGUCUCACUGACAGCCACUAGAGGAGCUUCCGCGAUUCUAAGACACUGAACGUCCAUAGGAAAGCAUUGAGUAAUGGAGCUGAGAGGCAGAGGGAUCCCCAGCCUCUCAGCUGAAGACACACACACUCUCACGAACAGACGCAUACACACUAGCUAACAGACACACACAUUUACUGACAGAGACACACUCAGCGACAGACAUACAUACACACUCACUUACAAAACAUACACUCUCACUGACAAACACACACUCACUAACAGACAUCAAACAGACUCACUAACACACACACAAACACACUCAGUAACAGACACACACAGUAACACACUCACUGACACUCACUAGCAGACACACACACUAACACUCACACUAACACACACACUCACACUAACACUCACUUACACUCACACUAACACACACACACUCACACUCACUAACACUAACACACACACACUCACACUAACACUCACUAACACUAGCACACACACUAACACACAAACUCAAACUCACACCAACACUAACACACACACUAACACACACACUAACACUCACACUAACACACACACUAACACACACACUCACACCAACACUAACACACACACUAACACUCACACUAACACACACACUAACACUCUCCCCUGAGUGCUUCCUCUUCAGCUCCCUCGCGCGCCGCGUACUGAUACUGGAACCGGAGCAUAGAAACAUAGAAACAUAGAAUGUGACGGCAGAUAAGAACCAUUCGGCCCAUCUAGUCUGCGGCACGCAAGGGAGCUGAAGAGGAAGCACUCAGGGGAGAGUGCUGCCUUGCGCACCCGCAGGACCGGCAGUGGGGUGACAGCAGGGCCAGCCUCGGGGGGCCCUGAGGUGGCCGGCUCCGGGGCCCCCCAGGAGAAGAGGCGGGCCACAGUGGGUGCAUACCGGGUUGCAGGGGCGGCCGGGCCCCAUGGUGGGCCGGGCCUGGUCGCAGCCACGACCCCUGCGACCCUGGUAUGUACGCCACUGCUUAUUGCUGCCGAAGUUGACAAAUACUUCUUCUAGAUUGUUUGUCUAUUUUGGGUCUGACCUUGAUGACUAUGUACAGCAGGGGGGACCAAAAGGUAGAUCCCUAGAUGUUGUAGAACUACAACUCCUAUGAUGCUUUGUAUGUCUCUGCAUGCCUUUAGAAUGACAAGGCGCCAUGGAAGGUGUAGUUUUAAAAUAUCUGGAGAUCUACCUUUUGGGCACCCCUGAUGUACAGGGUAUAAAACAGAUUAUAAGAAAAUCGUGGUUAAUGUUGUCAUAGAUAAAGGUAAAUAAAGGGUUAAAACCUUUGCCCUAGUUAAGUCCUUCUGCGUUUGAGAGGGUUAAAAGUUAAAUUCUUCAAUCCUGCUUCUGUCAGCAGUUUUCUGCAGCACAUUCUUCAUGAAAUGUUACUUUUUGUAACAUAGCUUAGAUAAGACUUCUCAAGUAAGGAAUUGUCCCUUGUUUUCACGCACACAUGCUUAAUAAAAAGUAAUUGUUGCUUGUUUUCAUGUACACAUGCGCAGUAGACUAAUACCAUUUUAUAUAUGCAAUGCUCUCCCAAUUAAAGAUGAGAUGAUAUCUGAACUACAGCGGAGUAAGUCUGUGGUUUUAUUAUCGGUUCUCCCGAGCGUUCAAACACCUAAUUAGAAGCUUCUGGUUAUCUCUUGAAUUAUUUAUUCGUAAUAAAUUUCUAUAUCGCUGUGCAUACAUAACAUAUUCUAACCACCUUAUUUAUAAUUUUUAGCUGGUUAUAAGCGUUUUCGUCUUCCUCCUGCCCAUUGCGUCAGAUUCUCUAAGAGCCGCUCUGAUGCCAAUUCAUGUGUACAUGGGUCUUCUCCUCUACGGGUCUAUUAUUGCAACCUGUCUUAUGGGAAUCACUGAGAAACUAAUCUUUGCGGUGUAAGUAUGAAUAUCCUAGAAACAAGUACAAUUAUUUGACUAUUGUCUUUUGUGUGAUAGAGCAGGAUACUGCAAUAUGAAAAUACAUCAAAUGAUCUUUUAUUAAGCCACAUGUUCUAAGAUCUGACUCAGUGAUGGCUAACACCAAAAUGGAACCCUAAAAUCUUAUCAAAUACAAUUCGGGAACAUCUGGGGUGCUAAGCUUAGCCAUCACUGCACUGGGUAGAAUUGUCACUAGCAAUUGCUGUUACAUUUUAUUUCAGUCCCACACAAUGCACAGGGAAUGCACUGCAAUAUAGGAAGAGAAACAAGCAGAAUUCAUAACAAUGAUUAUUAUUAUUAUUUGACUAUAAGCCAAAAUUUAGGCAGCCAAGUACAGGAUAGAGGUAACUACAGUGGUGUGGAUUCCUAAUUUUUUUUAUUUAACACCGUACUUGCAAAUAAUUGUUAAGGGGACACUAUAGUCAUCAGUACAUCUACAUGAGUGAUCCUAGUAAUGUUGUGGUUCUGAUGUCCUGUCCAUGCAGCCUUGGCACUGCAAAACCUGCCUUUUUUUAAUUUAUUUUUUUAGAAAAGGCAGUGCUUACAUUGCUGCCUAGUAACACCUCUAGUGGAAUUCAGCUUCCACUAGAGGUGCUUUCUGAGUCAGUGCUGCACAGUGUGCAACACCGGCAUUCCGCGUCUAAACGCUCUGCAUGGAGGCGUUGAACGUUCCCCAUAGAGUCGCAUCUUUAUGAGAAGAUGCUGAUUGGCUCAGUGUGGCAUUUUGCAGUGCAUGAGCAAUUGUUGAUCUCAGCCAUGGAGGUGGGGCCAGCCAUGGCGAGACCAGCGUAGUGUGAGAGAAAAGGUGAAUAAAUUACCUUUAAUCUCCGGAGUGAGUAUAUAUUUCAAUUGAAGAAUUGUUUACUGAUCUCAUCUUCUAAUUAAAUUAGUUUUCAAAUGAAUAAUAAUGAUAUGAUUUGUUUCUCUGUAAGAAGAAUGUAACAAUUAUUAUUGCCCUAAACCAUUAAAAUAUAAUUUUAUUGAUUUAUUUUCAGGAAAGAGCCACCGUACAGUAAGUUACCUCCAGAAGCCAUCUUUGUAAACACCCUGGGCCUUCUUAUCGUGGUUUUCGGUGGUUUGGUAAUUUGGAUUGCCACUCGACCUGCAUGGAAGCGUCCUCCAAGCUAUGGCGUCAAACUCCCACACCCCAAUGGUGGUAAUCCUACUGAUACAGAGGACAACACUACUGUCACGGAUCACAAACCUGACCUGGAACUGAACAGCGACGCUGCCAGGAAACGAAAUCUGAAACUCGAUGAAGCAGGUCAAAGGUCAACAAUGUAAAAAAGAUUUUGAAGACUAACACAACGGACCUGUGUCAUUUUUAAGACAACCUUUAUUUUACCAAAGCUCUCUGCAGACGAAAAAGGGACAACUCUAUUAACUUUAAGAUUUUUGUGAAUUACAUCUUUUGGAACAAUACAGCUCAAUGUUGUAUCAAUCUAAUUAUUGUGACUGUAUCCAGAACCUGCAUUACGAGAUUCCAGAAACACCCAUGACUUGAGCCCAAAGGACAACUUAUUGACCUCUACCCUAACAGAGCAGUGAGGAUUGGUCAUGAUAGAUUCCCACCUUUAUAUAUUAUGACCUCUCUACCCGUGAAAAGCAUGCUGUCGAUACUCAUUUCAAGCAUGACCAGAUAAUCAGUUCCACCAUACCACCUAAGUAAUAAAGGGGUGCUCAUUAAAGGUCUGAUCACCAGUACCUCCUACCAGCAGCCACUUGGGGGGACAACACACCCACUCCCUUAGCAGCCUGGCAGAGAAUUAUGUUAUAGAUCUUUCUUUUUAUAAUACGUCUCUGGAGAAGCAGUUGUUAUAUGUAAAAACGAAAAUACUCUAAUAUCCUCGUGUCUCUCUUCCAUCUGCAAAGAUACGCCCAAAACAAUGCCUAUGCAUCUGAGCCAUCCUGAGUGAUCUAUACCUUUUCUGUCAACUUGCUGUUUGUGUUUUGAUGCCCAGAAGAUGCAGUGAUGUACGACAUACCAGGUACCAUAUAUCGGAUGUGGUGCAGGACAGUGAAGGACCAGGGGAUAGAUUUGUUCUUCCAUACACAGCACAGAAAGUGGAGAGGAUAUGAGUGGUGGCAGGGGGCACCAAAUUACCCCACCAUAGAUAUGCCCUAAAAAUAUCCAAGACUUGCUGAGCAUGGUAGAAAGUGGAGAAAGUGCAGCAACAACUGUGCCACAGAUUCAGCAUCACUAUUCCUACAGCUGCGUCUGGGACUGAUUUUUUUUUACAUUUUUAAUAGAUGAUCAAGCAUUCCUACGAUUUGCUGAAUAGAACACAUUCCAAAACAAAAACAACCCAUUCCGUUGUCAAGAUGGAAGUACCUUCAUGAACACUAAUACUGUCCAUUAUUUUGUUGUGAAGACAAUAUUUGCUUUUUUUUGUGAUUCAAAUUUUUCAUAAAAAUGUUUUCAAUAUGACAAUACAGUCAGAAGUGGAGAAUUGUAGGCCAAAAAUAGACAUGUAAGCACAGAUGCCAAGAAAAACAACUGGAAACAUAGAAAAUAUGCAUUUUUUAACAUCAUCAAGAAAUAUUAUUUUAAAGGACCACUAUAGUGCCAGGAAAACACUUGUUUUCCUUGUACUAUAGCCGGGCUGGAUGGAGAGGAAGGGGUUAAACUUACCUCUUUCUCCAGCGCCGGGAGGGGAGCUCUCCUCCUCCUCUCCGCCUCCUCUUCGGCUGAAUGCGCAUGCGCCACAGGUGCCGCACGCACAUUCAGCCAGUCCAUAGGAAAGCAUUACAGAUGCUUUCCUAUGGACGCUGGUGUCUUCUCACUGUGAAAAUCACAGUGAGAAGCGCGGAAGCCCUCUAGCGGCUGUCAAUGAGACAGCCACUAGAGGCUGGAUUAACCCUAUUAUAAACAUAGCAGUUUCUCUGAAACUGCUAUGUUUAUAGAAAAAAGGUUAACCCUAGCUGGACCUGGCACCCAGACCACUUCAUUAAGCUGAAGUGGUCUGGGUGCCUUUAGUGGUCCUUUAAGGACACAUAAGAGGUUAUUGUAUGUCUUUUAAUUAAAUGAAUACUGUUAAAGGCAUUAGUUUCAUUUUGACUUCGGUUUCUUUGAUAAAAGUCAGCAUCAGCGCAGGACCCAACCCAGGAAAGAACUUUUUAAAAAAUUAUAUAUAGGACUUUGGGUCCUUUCUAUUCGUUUAUAUUCCAAAAUGCUGCAAUGUCAAAAAAUAUAAACAUCUGUAUUCAUUCAUGUGUGCACUUAGCAUUUUGACUUCUUGAUUUUAACAUCUAAUUCUACCCAGUGCAGUUAUGGCUAAGCUUAGCACCCCAGAUCUUUAAAUUGUACUGUGCAUUUCAAUUUAACCUCCCCCCCCCCCCCCCCCCCCAAAAAAGGGCAAUGAAGAAAUCUGACUAGCAUUCAUUUAAACGUCCUUUAUAAUAUUUAAUAAUUUCCACAUCUGUGUACUUUGCAUGUAUGAAAUCUAAUGUUUGCAGCAGACCUUGGGUGCUUUGUAAGCACUUAACAUAACCCAAGAAUUGUUUAGCAGACUUCUUAGUAACUGAAAAUAGUUUUUUAUGUAUUUAAAAGUAAUUCUAAAUUAGACAUUACCAUAAAUGCACAUCCCCCUGAACAUUGCAAGAAUAUAUAAAUGGUGGCUGUGCCUCAUUGACUAUUGGUUUAUCGUGGGAAUUUUUCACUUAUAUAUUUUGAUAUUUACAAAUAUUGUCCAUACCAGCAAGUGGAACUAAAGAUAAAAAAUUGUAUUAACUAAAUUACACUUUGACUAUAACCGUAUGAGAAUGUAUGAUUCACAAAUACUUGGAGUUUGGAAGAAUUCAAUUAUCAACAGUAACGUUAUCAAUACCUGCAUAUUAAACCCCCAUAUUUUGUGUUACAUUCUAUCCUGAACACGUCCUGCAGGUAGAACAGAGCUGUUGCAUCUAAUAGACAAGAGCACUGUGUUUUUCAAAUUGUAUUUUUUAAUAUUCUAUUGUUGGAUUUAAAUAAUCUAAAUGCAAACAAUUGUUAUCCAAAUGCUGUCCAAUAAGUCUACCUAGAAUCUUACUUUUUCUUUUUCUGAAAUAAAAUGUGGGUUAAUAAAUUAUUUUUUUACAAGUCAAAUUUGAGGCAGAAGCAAUAUAUUUUUUAAAUGUAUAGAUGGGAGAGGGACUGGCAAGGCAGUUCGUGUAACUUGCACUCCAGAUGUUUUGGACUUCCUCUCCCAUAAUGCUCUUACACCCAAAUUGCUGGCAAGGCAUCAGGGGAGAUACAGUCCACAACAUCUGGAGUGCCGAAGUUUGCCUGCCCCUGACCUAGUGGGUGCUUUUUAAUUUUCCAAACUGUUUUGUGGCUUCCAGCUUUCGAUCCUUUUGACAUCAUGACUUGUUUUGAAACCGAUACCUAUAUUUUAAAAAUUGGAUUUUUGAUUAACUAUAUUCCCACUGAGUGCUGGUUACCAUUUGACUAAGAAAAGCUAUACAACAUUUAAGAGGAAGAGGAAUCUAUAACCAAAUCUAAAAAUGUUGUACCAAAAAUUCCAAAUUGAAAAGUUGUUUUCCAGCUAUACUACAUUGGUCUAAAUAAAACUAGGUUGUCCGUUCUGCACAAAUGUGUGUUCUUACUUGCAAGACACCUCUUGAACAUAGAAUAAGGAAGUGAGAAAUCUAUCUCAUGGUAACUGGAACAAAUCCUAAUCUGCUACGUUCUGAGCUCCGUUACUGCAGAGUCAAGUUUGCAAUUCCCUGAGUUACAUUUUUAAGACGAUAUCAAACUGAAGGUUAAAAUAGUAAAACAUUAAAAAAAUUUUAGGUAGUUGUAGUUUUGGUUUCGCUGUUUUCGCCUAAAAUGUUUAAUUCGUUUUGAAUUCACUUUUAAUUCCCAAUUCACAUGUUAGUGAAUAGCAAUGGGAGACAGAAAUGUGCAGACACUAAUUCUGCAGCUGUAAUUGCACUGCAACUCCCAAUAUCAUAAACUAGCAAUAACCGCAAUGUGCCACUAACAACAGGCAAACCGCAGUCCCAUAUCUCUGGCAUAAGCAAAAAGAAAAAUGAAUCAUCUUCUUUGUUGAUGUACUUUGUUUUUGUUUUUCUACAAUUCUUAAGAAUUAACAAGGGGAAUACAAAUGUUAGGCCAAAACAGCUGGCUCAGAAUAUUUCGCUAAAAUUGCAAUUCUUUUUUGAAUUCUGUACAAUUUCCAGUUUAGUGAAUAAAAAUGAUUUUUUUUCCUUUUUUUUUUUUUUUUUACUGAUCAAGUGUCAAUACUGUUCUUUCUAAUGAACCAUGUAUUAUGAAGCUUUAAAUAAUUGAAGCAAAUGUAGCAAUGCUGAAUCUCACAGCUAAAUAUGCAUAAAUAUAUGUAACUAUAUCACAGAAUAAAACAUGUAAGCUUCA